CAGAAACUUUAUGAGCAUAGAUUUUCCACUUGAGAUUUCCCAGAUAUUUUAUUUCCAAACUCCCUCACCCGGGCAGGCGAUAACCGUCACAACCAUCCAAUGACAAGACGCCACGUCAACAGAAUCUGACGAGUGCAGGUGCGUCAUAAUAUCCAAAGUGCUGGGAAUGAGGUGCAAUUGCAAAGUUGCAUCUCUCCAAGAGGAUUCCUUGCCUCUUCUUCGACACCUGAUUCCCCUAUUUCCGGUAUAAAUUUUGUUCCAAUUUCAUUUUCAUUUCAUGCUCAUUUCUGUUUCUACACACAUGGAGGAGGAUGAAUAUGCUAAACUCAUCCGGAGAAUGAAUCCACCCAGAGUUACAAUUGAUAAUAAUUCUUCUCCGGAUGCAACGGUUAUACAGGUUGAAAGUGUUAAUAAGCAUGGUAUACUGCUGGAAGUUGUGCAAGUUCUUGCGGAUUUGGACCUCGUUAUCAAAAAAGCGUAUAUUUCAUCGGAUGGAGGAUGGUUCAUGGAUGUGUUUAAUGUUAUAUGUCAUGAUGGAAGCAAAAUUAGAGAUGAAAGGGUGGUCAGUUAUAUAAAAAAGGUGCUUGAAAGGGACGCAUUUUACGUUCCUUCACUGAACGGUUCAGUCGGAUUAAAGCCGUCUGACGAUUACACAGUAAUCGAACUAGUUGGAACAGACCGACCUGGAUUAUUAUCCGAAGUAUCCGCGGUUCUAACGAACCUUGGCUGUAACGUGGUCAAUGCCGAAAUAUGGACCCACAACGCCAGAGCUGCAGCCGUGGUGCAUGUCACAGACGAUACAACAAAGUGUGCGGUUGAAGACCCGAAACGCCUCUCAACUAUCAAGAAGCUUCUUUGUAACGUUCUCAAGGGAAACAAUGAUUUAAAGACUGCAAAAAUGACGCUUUCCACCCCCGGUUUCAUGCACAGACAGAGACGAUUACAUCAAAUUAUGUUCGCUGAGCGGGAUUAUGAAAAGGUUGAGAAAACGGAACAAGAAAAGGAAAAUAAGUUAAGAACACGGGUUAUGGUUUUGGAUUGUGUUGAGAAGGAUUACACGGUUGUUACUAUCCAUUGUAGGGAUAGACCGAAGCUGUUGUUUGAUAUUAUUUGCACGCUUACCGACAUGCAAUAUGUCGUGUUUCAUGGGGUCGUUCAAACGGAGAAAAUGGAGGCUUUUCAGGAAUAUUACAUUCGGCAUGUUGAUGGGAGUCCAGUAAGCUCAGAGGCAGAACGAGAGCGUGUUAUGCAAUGCCUUGAAGCUGCAAUUGAGAGGAGGACAUCGGAGGCGCUCGAGCUAGAAUUGUGUACAGCAGAUCGUGUCGGACUUCUUUCGGAUAUAACCAGAAUCUUUAGAGAAAACAGUUUAUGUAUAAAAAGAGCAGAGAUUUCAACUGAAGACGGAACAGCUAAAGACAAAUUUUAUGUGACAGAUAUGACCGGUAACAACCCUGUUGACCCAAAAACCAUCGAUUCUAUUCGAACACAAAUCGGUCAACAAGCAGCAUUGCAUGUUAGAUGGAAUUCUAGUCAAUCAUCAGACCCGCAACCUGAAGAAACGACGAUCGGUUUUCUGUUUGGGAAUCUGUUUAAAGGCAAAACAUUUCAGACGUAAGUCGGGUCCUACUGGUGAUAUAUGGUUGAAGAACAUAGUACAGUUUAGUAUUUUUAGAUGAUACAAAUUAGAAAAAAAAAAAAGGGUUAUAUACAAAGGGAUUAGGGGACUCUGUAAAUACAGGUAUUACUGUUGUAAAUACAGUGUGAUAUUAAUGUGAAUAGACAUGGUGCACAUAUUACAUAUA